AAAAGUUAGAAUUUUGCAGAGUUUGAAUUGAAUUUCUCUUAAAAUUGGUGUAUAGAGCAGCUUCGCGAUGCUCUCCAUGCUGCAGGAGAAGCGCCCGCUAAAGCGGACGCGUCUAGGUCCGCCGGAUAUCUAUCCACAGGACGCCAAACAGCGGGAGGACGAGCUGACGCCCACAAAUGUAAAGCACGGUUUCACCACGACGCCGCCCCUGUCGGAUGAAUUUGGAACAGCACACAAUUCAAAUGUGAAUGCCAGCAAAGUGAGUGCCUUCUUCAGCGGCGUCCUGGCCAAGAAGGAGGAGCUGAUGACCCUGCAAGACACGGGCCGUAAAAAGCAACAGAUCAACUGCAAGGACAAUUUCUGGCCAGUGUCGCCGCGUCGCAAGUGCACGGUAGAUGCCUGGUUCAAGGAUCUGGCAGGCAACAAGCCGCUUCUUAGUCUGGCCAAACGGGCACCAUCGUUCAACAAGAAAGAGGAAAUCUUUAUAACGCUCUGCGAGAAUCAGGUGAACAUGCAGCGAGCCACUUGGUUCAUUAAACUAAGCGCCGCCUACACCUUGAGUUUCACCGAGUCCAAGAAUAAGAAGCGUAGUAUUUAUGACCCGGCGGCAGAGUGGACUGGCAAUAUGAUUAAAUUUAUGAAGGAGCUUCUGCCCAAGCUUCAGGAGUACUAUCAACAAGAUCAUCACAAGCCUGCCGCGAAUGGCAACCAAUCAGCUGGUUUGACUGGAGGAUCUGGACCUGGAAUGGGUGUUACUACCAAUGGGAACACUUCAUCCGGUAGCGGAGCUGUGAGCAAUGCUGUGGCCCCCUGUAGUGGUCAGCCCAAUGUUAUCCCUGUACCAAGCAUGGCCAGUCCUUUGCCACCAAUACAUAGUCCAGCCAAUGGCGGAGCUCCUGGAGCGACUGGUCCUCCGGGAUCGGGAGGUGUCAACUCUGCUGGUAAUGUAAUGCCUCCAGCUGGAUCUGGAGGUAGUAUACCUCCAGGAUCGUCCUCCUCUUCAUCCACCGCCAGCGGUGUGGCAGUGGGCGCUGCAGCUGUUCCACCUGGAUCCACGAUAUCGGGAAUUGGCAGUCAGUUUGAAGACAGCCGUAAUGCCUUGAAGUAUUGGAAGUAUUGCCAUCAACUGAGCAAAUACAUGUACGAAGAGUCCCUGUUGGAUCGGCAGGAGUUUCUUAACUGGAUACUCGAUUUGUUGGACAAGAUGCGAACCCAGACCAGUUUCGAUGAGCCGCUGAAGAAGCUUGUGUUGAGCUUUGCUCUUCAGUAUAUGCAUGACUUUGUCCAGUCGGAACGUCUGUGCCGUAAGAUGGCCUACAUUGUGGCCAAGAAGUUGGCCCAUUUACUCAACUCAGCCGUGGAACAGCAGGGCCUAAAAGAGCUGGAAGCUGGUGGAGGAGAAAAGGCUCAGAACCACCAUCAGAACCAUCAUCACCCGGAUCCGUAUGAGUUGGCCCUGCAGGAGCAGAUGAAUUGUCCCCAUCAUCGGGAUAUUGUGCUCUAUCUGAGCACUAUUCUUCAGAUCAUAACAAUUGAAUGUCCCACAGCUCUGGUCUGGAGUGGCAUAGCCGCCCAUCGGGCUCCCUCAUCGCUGGUGGGCAGUCCAUUGGAUCAUUUGCCGCUGGCUCCUUCCGUUUUGCCCAUGCCAACGCGUUGUCCUCGGACCAAUCAGGAACUGCGACGGCAACUGCGUGCCGCCGAAGCCGACAUAGUCGUCCGGACCCAGCAUGCAGAGCAGAAUUGGUUUGCCUCCAAGUGGUUGAGUGCCGGGAAGAACCAUUAUACUAGUGUCCUGGCCACCCUGGACUACCUGGAUACACAUUGUUUCGAGCGCAUGGAUCAGUGCAACAGCAUGGAUACUCUUUAUGCCCACAUCUUUCCCAGCAAACGGCGAGAAGAUAGUGAGCCCGUGGCAGUGGUUUCUGGAUCGGAUCAACAGCAGCAACAGCAGUCGCAACGUCCCAGCUAUGAACCUAAGCAGGACAAGGACACUGUCAGGAUUCUUUGCGAAUGGGCCGUUUCGAGUCAACGGUGGGGCGAACAUCGUGCCAUGGUGGUGGCGAUUCUGUUGGACAAGCGACAGAUCGAUGUCACCAGCACUCCGGCUGAGCAAUCCAACGACAAGGAGGACAAGGAUUCAUUAGCCUCCGGGGCGGGGUUGAUUGACGGAUUGCCUGUGUUCCAGCAUGUUCUGAUGCAGUUCCUCGACCACGAUGCACCCGUUUUAGAUGAGCAUUCCAGCAGUCCGCAGCAGCGCACUGAAUUCACCAAUUUGGUGCAACUGUUCAGUGCUCUAAUACGGCACGAUGUCUUUUGGCACAAUGCCUACAUGCACACGCUAAUCUCACGUGGAGAUCUGCUACUAGAGUCCACACUGGUGAACAAAUCAUCGGUGGCCACAUCAAAAACAUCGCCGCCACCGCCGGCUCCACCGCCGCCGACGACAAGUCACGGCUUCGAUGAUGAUGGCUUUGGCGGCGGAUUGGAUUUCAAGCACAACGAAUUCGAUGACUCCAAUGUCGAUGAUGAUCUGGAUAAACUUGUGCAGAAUAUCAAGGAGAAGGGUCAACAGCACGAGGCGCCAGACAGUCCAAAGAUUGGGCCACCUGGCGAUGGUGAUGGCAAUGGAACUGGCAACGGUCACUCCACUCCGCCCAUUUCCCGGCAUUAUGUGUACACCAAACACUUUCCCAUUCCCCAGGAUGAUCCGAGCAUGGCCAGUUACAGCACUGAGAGCAACCAGCGAUACAUUCUUCUCUUUGGCGUCGGCAAAGAGCGAGACGAGAAGAAGCAUGCUGUCAAGAAGAUGUCCAAAGAGAUUGGCAAACUCUUCACCAAGAAGUUCUCCAUCGAUGUGGCCGAGGGUGGCAAGGUGAAGAAGCAUUCCCGCAACGAGUUUAACUUUGAGGCGACCACCGCCAAGUGCCAGCACAUGGCCUACUUCGAUCAGCAUGUCGUCACCGCUCAAUGUGCGGCUAAUAUUCUGGAGCAGCUGAACGGCUUCGCUUCGGGUAACAAUAACUAUCUGCCCGUACAGGAGCAUGUCGCCUUUCUCUUUGAUCUCAUGGAGCUGGCCCUGAAUAUCUAUAGUCUGCUGGAGCUGUGCGAUAAUCUGCUCAAGGAGCUGCCCGAAGUGGAGCAUCAGUUGCAGCUGAAAAAAUCGAACAUGGUCCGCGGGUAUACCACCUCGUUGGCCCUCUACAUUGUGAGUAUUCUGCGACGCUACCACAGCUGCUUGCUCCUCUCUCCGGAGCAAACGAUGUCCGUGUUUGAGGGUCUCUGUCGGACGAUACGCCAUGUGAACAAUCCAAGUGAGUGCAGCUCGGCUGAACGCUGCAUUCUUGCCUAUUUGAGUGAUCUGCACGAGUCCUGUGUCCUGCUGCAGGGCAAGGAGCAAUCCAAUGAGUAUUAUCAGCAGCUGCAAUGCAUUAAGCGCUUCAAGGACAUCUUCAACACUCCAGAGCAGUUGGGUCUACCCCCACAGGGCUACAAUCCUCAAUUCCUGCAAGAGGUCUUUCUGGCACCGCGCCGUGGGGGCAAGAUUGAAGCCCAUUGGCUACGCCAACUUCACGAAUCACCGGCGAAUGUGUAUAGCUUUGUGUCCAAUGCCCUUAUCGCUGUCUGCCGCGAGACGGAUAACGAGCGCUUGAACGAUAUGGCAUUGGCCUGUGCCGAGCUAACGGCCAGUUGCAAUGUCCUUUCCGAGGAGUGGAUAGCCGCCCUCCAAAGCUUGUGCAGCGGAAGCAAAAGUCCACGGUAUCCCCAUCUGGGCGGACAGGUGGACAUUGGUCAGGGCAGGACCCACAAUGCCCUGGCUGUAUUCGUCUGCAUUUUGGUGGCACGUCAUUGCUUUUCUCUGGCGGAUUUCGUCAGCAAAUUCGCACUGCCCACGUUGGCCCGUUCGGUUAGUAGUGGAGCCGGCGUCGGCAGUGUCAGCGAACUGAGCGGAGAUGCCGAGGCUGGAGCCCGUUUGACUUGUCAUCUGGUGCUGAAGCUCUUUAAAACUCUGGAGAUCCCACAGCCGGGUAUGUAUUCGGUGAGCACAUCACCCAAUCCCCUGCACGCCGUGGGCAGUGACUUUAGCAUUCGCUUGAGCUGUGAUCGCCACCUCCUGGUGGGUGCCCAUAAGACGAUACCCAUUGCCGCUGUCCUGGCUGUCCUAAAGGCCAUUCUCAUUGUGGUAGACAAUGCGGCGCUAAAGACCCCAAUGGGAUCCACCGUCGGUGGACUCGGUUCCUCCUCGGUGGGUGGUGGGGCAUUUGGUAGUGGCAAACGUAGCGGUUUCAAUACUCCCGUCCAUCCUGGCAGCACACCCAAAAGCAAUGAACAGCGACCCGCUGAUCUCAGUCAAAUUUUGGGCACCAGCGACCUGCAAUUGGGCAGCACGAGUCUGACUAGCGAACAGGAGGCUCUUCAGCAGCCUUCGGUUGGUGGACUGGAGCAAAUCUCUUUGCUGGAAUUCGCCCAGGCGGUGCUCAAACAGAUCUGCGCCCAGGAGCAUGUCCUGGAACGUUGUUUGAAGAAUGCAGAGCAACUGUGCGACAUGAUCAUCGAUGAGAUGCUCACGGCCAAGCAGGCACAGCGUGUACUCCACAUGAUUUGUUAUCCGGAAGCUGAAUUCAAUAUAAUCUCCGAACUGGAUCAGCGAGCCAUGAUUGUGAGGAUCCUUGAGAAUCUGGGCCAAUGGACGUUGCGUAUCUCAUGGCUGGACCUGCAGCUGAUGUAUCGCCAAUCGUUCAGCAACACGGCAGAGCUGAAUGUCUGGCUAGACACGGUUGCCAGGGCGGCCAUUGAUGUCUUCCACAUGGAGGAGGUUGUUCUACCGGGAGCAUUGAAAGCCACACAUAAACCGAAGCCAUCCACCUGGCUAGUUGCUCCAUUGAUAGCCAAACUUACGCCCGCCGUCCAGGGUCGCAUUCUCCGGGUGGCUGGCCAAGUUCUGGAGUCGAUGAAUUACUUUUCCAAGGUCCCCAAAUCGGAUUGCAAUAGCUCGGGAAGUGGCGAUGAGCGGGAGAAGAGCAAUAGUUGUCACAGCAGCAACAGCUACGGACUGGGAGGUGUGGCCACAAGGAAUAAGAAGAUGCCACUUAACUAUCAGCCAUUCCUGGGCCUAAUCCUCACCUGCCUAAAAGGUCAAGAUGAGUACAAAGAGAAUUUACUCGUAUCCCUCUACUCGCAGCUCUCCCAGUGUCUUCAAUCCUUUGCCGAGUUGGAUACAAUUGGAGGUGUCGAUGAGCCGCAGGCACGUGAAGAAAUCCUGGAUGCUUUGCAGCUGCGCUUCUCUCUGGUCGGUGGAAUGUUCGAGGCCAUCCAAAAGAAUAGCACUCCCACCACGGAUUGGGCCAUUCUGUUGGCCCAACUUGUCUGCCAGGGUGUGGUUGACCUCAGUUGCAAUCGAGAACUCUUCACCACAGUGGUGGACAUGCUGGCCACAUUGGUUCAUUCGACUCUUGUGUCUGAUAGCCAGUCGGAAAGGGAUGAGAACAAGAAACUUUAUCUCAAUCUGAUGAAGAAAUUGAAAAAGGAAAUUGGUGAGAAGAACAAUGCCUCGAUAAGGGUCAUCCGGCAACUGUUGCCACUCUAUAAGCAGCCAACUGAGGUCAUUGCAUGCGAGCAUGCUGGAAUGGAUACAAAGGGCAACAAGAUCUGUGACAUGGACAAGAAACAAUUGCGCAUCUCGGAUAAGCAACGCAUUAGUGUUUGGGAUAUACUCGAGGGUCACAAGAAUCCGGCGCCCUUCUCUUGGGUCUGGUUUGGAGCUGUAAAGCUUGAAAGAAAACCUUUAACCUAUGAGGAUGCUCAUCGUAAUCUCAAGUAUCAUACGCACAGUCUGGUUAAACCGAGUAGCUACUAUUAUGAACCAUUGCCUCUGCCACCGGAAGAUAUUGAGCCCGUCCCAGAAAAGAUUUGCAUUAAGGAUGAAAUGAUGAAGGCGGACACUCCCUCUUCGGUGGAUCAAUCUCCUAGUGCCGUUGGUGUGGGCACUGGCCGAGGUCGCGGUAAGGGAACGACCACACGGAAACGUAAGCCUAAGAAUCCCAAAACGCCGCCGGUUGUGAAUACUCAACAAGGACAGCAGCCUCAAUUGGCGCCUCAGCCACAACAACAGCAACAGCAGCAACAACAAAUGCAACAGCAGCAACAACAACAGCAGCAACAGCAACAACAGCAGCAGCAACAACAACAACUGAAUAUGCAGCAACAGCAAAUGCAAAACAAUCAAAUGGGACAAAUGCAAAUGAAUAUGCCAAUGAACAUGCAACAAUUUGGACCCAAUCCAAAUGCCAUGAUGCAACAACAAAAUGCCAUGAUGCAACAGCAACAGCAAAUGCAACAAAUGACACCGAAUCAGCUGCAACAGCAACUUAAUGUCGGCGGCGGUAAUGGCCCAUUGAAUCAACAAGUGAACUUUAUGCAACAGGGUCCAGGUGCUGGCCCUGGAGGUCCUGGCCUUGGCGGUGGGCCACAGCAGCAGCAAUGGCAUAAUGCACCGCAACAGCAGCAGACCCCGCAGCAAUAUCACAAUCAAUAUAAUCCACAUCAGCAGAAUAUGCAAAUGAAUCGCAUCGAAAGACCGCCGCAGAAUACCAACUCCAAGCAGGCUCUCUCUCAGUUGUUGCGGCAACGUGCUCCUAGCUCCUUCCAACAGACACAGCAGCAGCAACAACAACAACAGGGAGUUGGCGGUUUCAAUCCCAUGCAGCAGCAAGCACAACAACAGCAACAGCAGCAACAGGGUGUUGGACCUGGAGGACCACAGCAACAGCAAAUGAAUCCUCAGCAGUUGCGCCAGCAGCAAAUGAAUGCCCAGCAAAAUCCUCAAACGGUGGCCGCAUUCAAUGCAAUGCAGCAGCAACAACAACAACAGCAACAGCAGCAACAACAACAGCAGCAGCAACAGCAACAACAACAGACUGCCCAGCAGCAACAGCAAAUGAAUCCGAAUCAGCAACAGCAGCAAUUUAUGCGAGGCGGCAAUAUGCGACCCGGCAUGGCGCCAAAUCAGAUGAAUCAAAUGAAUAUGGGUGGCCAAGGUAUGUCACAGAAUACCAUGAUGCAACAACAGAUGGCCCAAGGAAUGGUCGGAAUGGUGGGCAAUCCCAAUGCCAAUCAACUGAUGCAAAGCGGCGGCGUACAGGGAGGCAAUGGCGUUGGUGUUGGUGUGGGUGUUGGUGUUGGCGUUGGCGUCGGAGUGGGAAACAAUCCGAAUAUGGGUGUGAAUGUCGGUGUGGGCAUGGGCGCCAUGCCACAGCAGGGCAUGAUGCAGCAGCAGCCACAGCAGCAGGUGCAGUUCCAGAAUUUCCAGAAUCAAUAUCAGCAACAACAACAGCAGCAGCAACAGCAGCAACAGGGCAUGCAACAACAAGGCGGAGGAGCCGGCAUUGGUGUUGGCGUGGGCGUUGGUGUGGGCGUAGGCGUCGGCAUGGGACCUAAUCAGCAGCAGCAGCAACAAGCCAAUUUGAUGGGCAAUUUCAAUCCUCAAAUGCAACAGGCGAAUCGAAACAAUCCAGAGUUUAUGGCUGCAGCCGCCGUGCAACAACAACAGCAGCAGCAGCAACAACAACAGCGAGGCAACAUGCCCGGCAGCAUGAUGGGCGGAAAUCGUGGCCAAUACAUGAACCAAGCACCCAAUGUUACAAUGUCCAAUAUGAUGGGCCCCGGACCGGGUGGUGUGGGCGUUGGACAGGUGCCACCUUAUGCCCGACAGCAACAAGCUGGCGGUGGUAAACCCGGUGUCCUGCCCACACAGCAACAAUUCCAGCAACAACAACAACAGCAGCAACAGCUCCGACACCAGCAAAUGAUGCAAAUGCAGGGCAUGGGUGGCGGCGGUGGUGUUGGUGUUGGCAUGGGCGGCGGUCCACAGGCAGCCGGUGGGGCUAAUGCUGUUGGUGGCGGCGGCAUGGGUGUUGGCGUGGGCGUCGGUGUCGGUGUUGGAGUCCAACAGCAGCAGAGCAUGAAUCAACAACAGACUCCCAACCUUGUGGCUCAACUGCAGCGCCAGAACAUGAUGGGGCAGCAGCAGCAGUACCAACACCAACCGCCACCGUAUUAGAGAACACUCCUCCUUGCUAAUUUUAAGACACAGAAUUAUAUAUAUAUAUAUACGAAUAUU